AUGCAGGAAACUGUGGAGCUGAUGCUGCAGACGUACAGUUGGAAGUGUGUGGAGGUGACCAAAAAGGUUUUAAAGGAAAUUAACAGGACUGAUCUGGUGCAGAGGUUGCCAGAUAUCAGCUCAAGAACUAAAAAAAAACUCUCAGUGGAUGAACACUUGUCUGCACUGAUCCACAAAGUAGCAACAAAGACGGCUGUGAGAGAGCUGCUUUUAGAAACACUGAAUUAUUUGAGUGAUCAGGAGCUGAAUAAAUUCAAGUGGCUCCUGCCGUUCACUCACUUCAAAAAGGGCCGUCCAUCCAUCCCACGGAUUGAGCUGGAGCUGGCAGACAAGACAAAAGUAGUGGAUCUAAUGAUGGAGAGGUGUGGCCAACAGUCUGUGGAGGUGAUCAGGGAGGUUUUCAUGGACAUUAAGAGGACUGAUCUGGUGCAGAGUCUGCCAGAGACCAGCUCAGGACCCAAUGAGAAACAGUCUGUGGAUGAACAGUGGCCUGCACUGAUCCAGAAAGUAGAAACAAUGACGUCUGUUAUAAAGCUGCUUUUGGAAACACUGGCUGAUUUGAGUGACGGGGAGCAGCAGCACUUCAAGCAAGUCCUCCAGAUUCAAAGUUUUGUCUAUGAACCCUACACAGAGAUCCCAUGGUCGAUGGCCGACAUGCAGGACAUAGUGUUUCUAAUGGUGAAGACCUUCGGCCAACAGUCUCUUGUGAAGACCAAGGACAUUUUAAUUCAGAUAAACAGGAGAGAUCUGGUGCAGAGACUUUCAGCCAGCAGCUCAGGACCCAAAAAAAAACUCUCAGUGGAUGAACACUUGUCUGCACUGAUCCACAAAGUAGCAACAAUGGGAGCUGUAAGAGAGCUGCUUUUAGAAACACUGAAUGAUAGGAGUUAUCAGGAAAUAAAGAAACUCAAGUGGCUCCUGCAGUUCACUUAUUUCAAGAAGGGCCGUCCAUCCAUCCCAUGGAUUGAACUAAAGCCAGCAGACAAGACAAAAGUAGUGGAACUGAUGAUGAAGACAUGUGGCCAACGGUCUGUGGAGGUGAUCAGGGAGGUUUUCAUGGACAUGAAGAGGACUGAUCUGGUGCAGAGUCUGCCAGAGACCAGCUCAGGACCCAAAGCUGCAGGAUCAACAGUUGAAGCAUUUGGUGUAAAAACCACAGAGGGAGAGAAACAGUCUGUGGAUGAACAGUGGCCUGCACUGAUCCAGAAAGUAGAAACAAUGACGUCUGUUAUAGAGCUGCUUUUGGAAACACUGGCUGAUUUGAGUUACAAAGAACUUGAUAACUUCAAGUGUGUUCUCCCAGAUCAUUUGAGCUUCACAAGUAGGGAUUUUGACAACCGUUGGAGGCGGCUGAUGGUAACAGACAUGCAGGACAUAGUGUUAAUUAUGGUGCAAAUGGACGGCCAAGAGUUUAUUGAGGUGACGAAGAAGGUUUUUAAGGAAAUGAAGAGGCCUGAUCUUGUGCAGAGGCUGUCAGACAGCAGCUUGAGACCCAAAAAGAAACACUUCAUGGACGAACAGCUCUCUACAGUGAUCCAGAAAGUAGCAACAAUGGCAGCUUUUAAAGAGAUGCUUUUGGAAACCCUGAAUGAUUUGAGUUAUCAGGAGUUCGAGAAAUUCAAGGAAGUCCUGGAGUUGACUGUCUCCCAGGAGGACCUACAAGACAUCUCAGUGAGGUUCAGAAGCAGAGCAGAAAUAGUGUAUCUGAUGUUGCAGAACUACGGUCAACACUCUGUUGAGCUGAUGAAGAAGAUUUUCAAAAAAAUUUACAGAUCUGAUCUGGUUCAGAGGUUAGACACCAGCUCAGGAAACAAAGAGAAGCAGAAGUCUUCACUGUCCCAGAAAGACAUAAAAAUGACACCAGUUAAGGAGAAGCUUUUGGAAACACUGGGAGAAUUACGCUCUGGUGACCUCGAGGAAUUCAAAUUGUUCCUGCAGCACCUUCAAAUAAAAGAUCUACCAAGAAUCCCGAGUGUCCGAAUAGAGAGGACAGACAGCACAGUUGACCUAGUGGAUCUGAUGGUGGAGAUCUGUGGUCAACAGUCUGUGGAUGUGACCAGGGAGGUUUUAAAGGACAUGGACAGAAUGGAUCUGGUGCAGAGUUUGUCAGACACCAGCUCACCAUCCAAAGGGCCUUCAAGAAGUUUGGAGUCUGGGGCUCAUGGAGGCAUUAUGGACUCCAGUGACUGGACUAAACUUGAACCCGAAGUGAACAGUACAGAUGCAGAUGAUGCUCCAACUUACAAUCUCCAGUCUGAAGCAGGAAAGUUUGAAUGCAGUGUUUCUGACCUGCGAUGGGUCAGUGAAGAAAAGGUCAGCUUUAAGUACCAGUUCUGCUCUUGGGAAGGACACAUGGAGAGAAUGGAAAGCUUACAAUACAUGCCUGCAGGUCCCCUAAUGGACAUCACAGUCACUGCUGGGAAGUUAAAGGAAGUGUACCUGCCUCACUGGAUCUGCACAGAUGACAACCCUGAAAUACUUGACAAGUUUGCAGUCCUACACAUAGAUGACUGUGGAGAUGUUGUUGAAGACGCGUCUGAGGUCACAUCAUCCCACGUCAAGUUAUCUGAACCAAUUUUCUCUCCAAGAGCGGUCCUGAUGAAACUUGGCUUUCCUGUGAAGAUAAACUGUAAAGUUUUAAUAUACUGUGAACCAAAUAUAACGUCCCUCAGGCUACAUGUGUAUCUGAUCCCAAAGGAUCCUGCUUUAGAAAAGACAAUGAACAAGAAGAAAUCUUCCAAAGGAUACAAAUUCAUUGAAAAGCCACGUCCAGACAAGUACCUGAAAAUGGAACAAGAAUUUGUCCUCAAAGCAGACAUAGACACAGCAAAAAUCUCCCCUGAGAAAGUAACCCUCAGGCAUGACAGCCAGGACCCAAAUUUCUAUGAAGUGUACAUUAAAAAUCCAGACAGAGACUUCAACCUUACACUCUCACACUCUUGUACAAAUAAGUGCAAACCAGAGUGUAAACCAGUGUGGACCUGUGAAAUUCAAGAAGAUAACUACAAACAGUCUGGUAAUUCAGAAGAUGUUGGAGCAACUGGUGGAAAUACCUUGGAAGAAGAGGAACACACUGAGGAUGAACUAUCUGCCCUGGUCCAGAAGACAGCAACAAUCACAACGGUUAAAGAGAAGCUUUUCAGAAUGCUGCAACGUUUGACAGAGGAUGAUUUUAGAGUCUUUAAGUGGUUUUUGGAGAACAAAAUCCCAAAGAGCAAACUGGAGAGUGCAAACAGGACACGUGUGGUGGAUCUGAUGGAGCAGACCUACAACCAACAGGCUGUGGAGGUGACCAAGAUGCUUUUCGAGAAAAUGAACAGGAACGAUUUGGUGAAGCUGUUGUAAAAACAACAGCUCAGGAUCCAAAGAUACAUUAUGGGAGAAAAAAACACAAAAAAACACAGAAGUGGACUGUUGUUUUUGCAAUUUUGCGAUGUAUGCAAGGUGUUUUCUUCAGUGUUACUCUUUAUGUAAAAAUCACUCAGGGCGGGGUUGCUAAUGUAAGAACAGAUUUAGAUUUUGUUUCAAAACAUUCGAGGACUUCAGGAUGCCUGCUUUAUAUCUAUGAGGCAAAUAUACUGUUUUCAUUCAGUUCAUGAGUCACUGUAUCUAUUAAAUGACUCUUUUACUGCUGAUUUUCAGAUUUUGCUCCGAUGGUUCUGCCCCUCUGCUCACUAUUUGAAGUGUUUUGGUGCAUUUUGAUGAUUGUUGCAUUUGGGUAACAGAGCAAAGUAUUUGUUUAUUUGAAAGAUAAAAUCAUUUC